ACCACCAGCACCACCCCACAGCACCUGGGGAGGGGUUAUGGGACAUCCCCAGGCAUCCCACACCCCCAGGAUCCCUCAUCACCACCUCCCACCCAGUGACAGCCACCAGCCAUGGAGUCAGUGGCUCUGCACAGCUUCCAGGCAACGGAGAAGGACGGGCAGAAAGGGGACACCCUGAAGAUCCUCAACAUGGCAGAUGAGCAGAACUGGUACAAGGCUGAGCUGUAGGGCUGCGAGGGCUUUGUCCCCCAAAACUACAUCAAGAUCAAGCCUCACCCAUACUACGUGGGCAGGAUCUCCCGGCACCUGGCAGAGGAGCAGCUCCUCCAGCGGAGACAUCUGGGAGCCUUCCUGAUCCGUGACAGCGAGAGCAGCCCGGUGGAGUUCUCCAUCUCUAUCAUCGAUGGGAAGCAUGGCCAGCACUUCAAGGUGCUCAGGGAGAGGAAUGGCAAAUAGUUCCUCUGGGAUGAAAAGUUCAACCUCCUUAAUGAGCUGGUGGAUUUUUACAGGACAGCCACUUUUGCCAAAAAGGAGCAGAUCUUCCUCCAGGACGAGGACCAGAGCUAGGAGGUGAGGAGACCCAGAUUUCUGCAAGGCAAGUUCAACUUUUCACCCUACAGUGGCUCCCAGUUGCCUUUCUUCCAUGGGGACAUCAUUGAGGUCCUGGACUGCUCUGAUCCCAGCUGGUGACAGGGGAAGAGCUACGGGAGCAUCGGCUUCUUCCCCCGUAACCACAUCCACCCCAUCCACAAGUGA